AAUCAUUCACCUUAAAUGUACAAGAACAGGAAACAUAAACGUGUUCUGCCAAGAGAAACAAAGCAGAAAGCAGAGGCGUAUAAAGACAAAAAUCUGAAAAGUCAAACUCUUUCAUUCUACACGUUUGUUGUCCGAGGAACGAGUUUGCCAAGAGUAUAUUUCAAAAUGGAGGUUGCAUUUUUGGCCCAAGAAAAAGUUUGGUUUGAUAAGUACAAGUAUGAAGAUGCAGAAAAAGUUUACUUUGAAAAUCUCUCAAAGCUGCUUGCAUUGGAUGGACGUUCAAACAAAAGUACCGAUACCCCCAAAGUCAAUGUCCCUCCUUCCCCUGCCCCUCCAGUUGUCCCUAGCCAUGAACCUAUUACCAUUAUUACCGCUCCUGAACCUCGAGUAGAGGACAAACGGUUCAAAGCGAAGAACCGUAACCGAAACAAAAAGGAUGCUGAAAAGAAAAUCGAAAAACCUGUUAAACAGGAAGUAAAGGUUUCUUCUAACAAUCCUAUAAUGAAAAACUCUUUGGCAGAGGAAGUAGCAAGGGCGAGGCAACAUAUAAAAAGCUCUCUUGAGUGUAUGGAUGGGAUUGCAAAACUAUCUACAGACAACAUGGCUGCUGAGAUAACAAACAGACUGAAAUCUCUAGAACUUGAAAAUUCUCAUUUAAAAAAGGAUAUUGUAAAGCUGACAGAGCUGGUGAAGCAGCUCAAUGACAGAGUGUUUGCUGUUGAGAAGUCAGCAACUGGUAAGUCUGGUGGUUCUGCCCCCGUCAAGGCUCCUGCUCCUGCCAAGGCCCCCGCUAACGAUGAUGAUGACGAUGGCGUGGAUCUGUUCGCCUCUGAAUCUGAGGAUGAAGACGAGGAAGCAAAAAAGAUCAAGGAGCAGCGACUCGCUGAAUAUGCAGCACGAAAGUCUAAGAAACCUGUUCUAAUUGCCAAGUCCAAUAUCAUCCUGGACGUGAAGCCGUGGGAUGACGAGACCGACAUGAAGAAGAUGGAGGAGGAAGUGAGAAAGAUCACGAUGGAUGGACUCAUCUGGGGUGCUUCCAAGCUUGUUCCUCUGGCUUACGGUAUCCAAAAACUACAAAUAUCCUGCGUUGUUGAGGAUGACAAAGUUUCUGUAGAUGACCUUCAAGAACAAAUAGAGGCUAUAGAAGACUAUGUUCAAAGUAUCGACAUCGCUGCGUUUAACAAGGUUUAAUGAAAUUUGUAUUUUAAUUAAAUUUGCAAUCUUCAAUGUAAUCCACCUAGUUACUUCACCUAGCCUCAGACUGCUGGUCAAUGUUAAAUGUUAAUGUUUUCAACACAGUAAAAACCUAUCCUCUGCAAUGUGUCUAAUAUUUUUUUUGUGCAAUGCAACUUGUAACAUUUGCAAUAACAAUCAAUAAAUCGGUAUGUGAAUUAUUA